AUAAUUUAUCUUUUUCCUUCUUGGUUUUAUGUCUAUUUAAUUUUCUCUUUUUUGGGGAUCUUCCUAUCCAUAUCGAUGAUUGAUCACUGAUGAAUGAUCACGGCUCCGAACGACAGAGUUGCUCCCCGAUUCGACUCACGAGUCACGACUCAGAAUAGAAGGCCGAACCAGGAACCUCCCUCCUCUUUCUAAACCCACCAUCACCACCAACGCUACUUCCUUCUCGAGACAUAGCGCGUGGGUGCGCGUGCGCACUCUCUGCUCUUUAUCCUUUUGGCGGCUAUUCCAAUGUUUUUUCUUCUUGCAGCUAACUAACCGUCCCCGAUUCUCUUUCUUCGUUCUUUGCUCCCUCUCCACUCUCACCCGCACAAUAGAUUUCCAAGCUUCUCCGCCAUGCUAAUGGGUUUUCGCUCUUCCUAGUAUCAUCAAAAUGCUUUCCGUCAGGGAUUUGUGGAGGCGCCAUAGGAGGAAGGUUUUCAUUUCAGUUGGUGUUUUAGGAAGUGGGUAUCUUUUGUAUAAGCUUUAUGGUGCUCACAGGCGCAGGCUCGAUGCACUUGAGAGAGAACUCGCAAUUCAAAGGGAAAGUGAGGAGCUCAUGAAGGUUCAAAUGCAAGCUCACUUUGAGAAUAUUCAGACGAUUUCGGAUGUAAUGACACUGCCUCAUGCUAUGCACAACUUAAGCUGUCGCGUAGCAGAAGAGUUGGAUCUUUCUCAGCUUCUUGAGAGACUCCUACAAGGGAAGGGUCAACCAAACACUUUAACGCAAUCAGAGAAACUAAAUUUAUGGGAGAGACUCAAAAUUCUAAGUUUUACAAGAAUGGCGUUGUCAGUAUGGGCCACAACAAUGCUUAGUUUAUAUACGAAGGUUCAAGUAAAUAUUCUAGGAAGGCAUCUAUAUAUUGAUACUGCACGAAGAUUUGAAAGCUCUAGCACAACGGAAAGUGGAGAUCUGGUUGAUAAAGAAGACCAGCAGAAAUUUCUAGGAACUGUUGAUUUUCUCUGUCAACAUGGCAUGCCUCCCUUGAUUUCAGAUAUGGAGGCGGCAACGCAAGAAGCUCUCAAAGGAAAGCAGCUGAGCCAUUUCUUCAACAGUACAGCACUACAUGAAACAAUAAUGCAGAUACUCAUCAUAUUCAUGAGCCAAGGGAGUCCACACUCCUGGAUAAAGUAUGUGAUGCCCGAGGAUUCUGCAACUUCCAGAAUUGAUGAUCCAGCUCCUUCUGAUGUGACGGAAUUUGAACAACUUAUGAUGGAAGCGCGAGCAGUGUUAUUAAGUGCUGAAUUUGGGAGCAUUAUAGAGAUAUGUAUGAAAGUGGUGGUGAAUGCAGUGGUGGAGCAGAUGGGAGCUAAAUUUAGAGGAGGAAGUAUAGCAACGGGGCUGCCUCUGGCGAGAGUCUUGCCUCAAGUUGCACAGAUGUGCCCUUUGCUCCUUGAAGAACCCAGCAAGAAUCAGUUCAUCAGAAUCAUUAAAUGUAUACCAGAGGUUGAACCAUUUUUCACUCGCCUCUAUGCAAAUAUGCCAAGUGCAUAUUGAUUAAGAUUUUAUGUUUCGAACAAAAGAGACAAAAGAUUCAAUUUAUUGCAUUGGAAGGUAUGUGGUAUUAGUGUACAAAUAUUCAAAAGGUGCAAAGAGAUUAGCGUUUAUCAGAAUCAGUAUAUGACAUUUCCCUUUGGUGUACCAACUAUCAAGUGUUGUUGUAUGAUGCUGCUCCCCCUUUUGCUCUAACUAGGAGGCUUUUGGAGGAACCAGAAACCCGGCUUUAUUAGCGACUACAUCUAUGCUUCCUUUUCUUUCAGUAAUAUAAGUGACAUGAUUUCAUAAACAUGUUUAUUCAUUUCAUAUAGUGCUUGUUGGAUUGGCAA